UAUGGAAAAAUUCAAUGGCAGCCAUAUUUGCUAGGAAAUGGCGGCUGUUUUCUUGGGAAAUGUAUUUCCGUGUUAAUUAUUUUUAUCGUAUUUUAGUUCCAACAUAUGUACUAUAGACAAUAAUUCACAAAUGAUAUGGGUUGUAGUUACAGUUCACAACAAAUAUAUAGUGGUAGUAGGAAAUAAAUGGUCUGUAUACAACUGUCUUGACUGCCCGCUAUAAACGCGGCUCUUCACCGCGUUUAUUUCUCAGCAAGUCACAUUUGUGCCGUAUUUGUGAGAUCAAAAUACACAAAAUUUCCACCGGUAUUUAUGAUAUAUGUGUCAAGUGAGUGAUCAUACGUAUAGUUAGUGUGGAAAGUAAUAUGUACCAGUAGGAAUAAAAAUCCAUAACAAUGGGUGAAACUGAAGAAUUCAACACAUUGACGUUCGAAAAGAAAUUAAUGCAGCUGAAGGACACACAGGAGAGCAUUCAGUCGUUGUCUUCAUGGUGCUUACGGCAGAGAACCCACCACAAAAAAAUUGUGUCAAGUUGGUUGAAUGUAUUGAAAAGGGUGAAGGUUGAACAGAGGCUGGUGUUGUUUUACCUGGCUAACGAUGUUAUACAGUACAGUAAGAGAAAAAACUACGAAUUUGUAGAGAGCUGGGGACUUAAUCUGCAGAAGGCUACACCUUUGGUCAGAGAUGAUAAAGUAAGACCAAAAAUCCUACGCAUAUUUAAAAUAUGGGAACAACGCUCAGUCUAUGAUGAUGAAUUUUUGUCUGACUUGACGGGUCUGCUGAGUGCAGGAGCCACUAAGAAGGCUGAUGAUGAUGCGCUUGAUUUUCAGCCACAACAACUAGUGAACAAGAUUAAACAAUGUGCAGUAUUAGAAGCGGAUACUGAUAUGAGACUGAAAUGCAUUCAUGAUAGCCAUUUGCAAUUGUCCGACGCUGAUGAGUUGUGUGCGAGUUUGAAAGACAGAAGUCAUAAAGAUGAUGUUGAGAAAGAGCUGAACGAGGGUAUAGCUUGCGUGGAGAGGUACACACAGUCGUUGCAGCGGGAGAUAGUGGCCAGGGAAGCUCUGCUGGCAUUGCUGACCUCUGCUACCCAAUACUACUCCACACAGAGGGGCGAGGUCAAAGUUGUCGCUUAUGCGUAUAAGAACUUCGGCGCGCGUGUCCGUUCACUCAAACGCAAGCUGGACGAGCUGAUCCCGUCGCUGCCGCACGCGGCGCCGUCGCCGCCGCAGCGCGACGAGGACGUGCCCUCGCCUGGACCUGACGAAGACCUCGACCUGCCAGCUAAUGAUAAUGAUGAUGAUGAUGGUGAUUUGGCUUACAACAUCGAUCAAACAUUUAACUCGACAUUGGGAGCUGACGGAUCGCUAUACAAUUUGGGGCUGUCAUCGUUUCUCAUGUCCGAGAACCCUAUGGCAUUGUUCACUGAAGCAGUCGAGAACGGCAAUAAUGCAAACAAAAUAGAGGUAAUCAACUCAAGGCCAAGUGAAAAGCAAGACUUUAACAUAACCGAAUUCCUGAAAAAUUUAAUACCCUUUGACAAUAAUACAGCCGCGGACAAUAUUUCAGUAGUGAGCGCGAGCAUAUCGCAGAAGUCUCAAGACACGUUGCCAGGGUUGGACUUGCUGACUCCGGAGAGCACGGGCAACCCCGCGCCCCCCACCUCAUUCUACGGCACUAUGGAGCCCCCUAGCGAAGAUCCGGAACAGGCGUAUAAUCCCGAGAGGAGUAGUGUGUGGAGCGGCAGCACCCUGUGGAACGUAUCUACGGUGGGCGGUGCGCGCGGCGCGUUCGCGGAGGGCCCCGAGUCGCCGCCGCAGAGCGAGCGAGCCGCCUUCGCGCACCACAACAUCAGCGUUCAGGACAUUCCGCCGGUAAGCGACGUGGACCACAGGGGAUUACUGCCGCCUCCACCACCACCACCUGUGUUACCUCUAUUAGGAACAGACAUCGAGGACGUGGACCACAGACUGCUGCCGGCGCUGACGCAGCUGUCGCCCGCCGCCAGCGUGCCGCCGCCCCGACAUACCGUGCAUCAAGAUGUGGACCACAGGAAUCUUAUACCGUUGACGCAGGAGCCGCCUGUAUCCGUCCCCGCGCCGAGACCCAUGAACCCGAAUAAAAUGGACCAGGACUACAGAGUGCCGCCGGUGCCGAUGCCCUCUGACAUUGUGGAGAGCGUCGACAUGGAUCUCUCUGAAGACGAAGAGCAACAUGUCAUGUACGGUCAUCAACAACAGAAUCCGCCUGAAAGGAGGCACAGUUUUAACAACAAUAAAGUUUUAGUCGGCGGCGAUAACGGCAAAACGAACCACACAGACCACAAUCUCAUACGGAAAAACGAGUUGAAAGAACCACCGCACUCCGCACCGGUGGUACCACCCAUGGUGAACCCAUUUGACGCCAUGCCACCAUCGCUGAAGAACUUCAACCCCCCAAUAAACAAAUACCCGCAGAACUACCAAAAACGGGAAUUCGAAACACCUGAAAAGCCCUACAAUGAGAGUCGGCAUGUUAUGGAGAGUCAACCGGCACAACAGAUGGAAUAUUCCAAUGAUAGUGAGUGGCACAAUGCUCAACCUAGGCCGUAUGGGAGUCCUAGAGUCCCCAGGCAUUGGGCACCGAGGACUAAUUACAGGCCACAGUUUUCGCCACAACAGUUUUGGCCCAGAAAUUCCCCGCGGCCAUCGAAUAGAUGGAACGGUCCUAGGCCGCAGAGGUUUUGGUGAUCUGUGUUUUGUUUAGUGGUAUUCAUUUAGAACAAUGUUGGCUUGACAGUUUGUUUAUGUAAUGGUGUUUACAUAACAGCUUGCUGAUUGAUAUUUUGUCAGUGAGUUGUAGCAGUGUGUAAGUAUUUUUUUAAAGAAUGUGAGAUUUGAGUAUUUUAUAUAGAGUAAUUAUUGCGUCUCGUCUUUUUCAUUGUUUCAAUUUACAUAUAUUAUAUAUAUUCUAGUAAUUGAAACGUAAAUAUAUACUUUAAUGUGUUUUGAAUUCUAUUAUAAUAGUAUAAAGGUAUGUUACCUUUCGCACUGUUAAAACUUUAUUGAUGAAAGUUAUUUGUAUCACAAGGUCUGCAUAGAAUGUGACGGAAUUCCGUCAAAUAUACUAGCCACUACAUAUACGAACUGUACGCUGACAUCUAUAGUGUUAAAGACUUUAAGACUUCAGUGAAUUUGUUUUGGACGGCAUCAGACAUGAGAGUCAGUUCCAAGAAUAAAUCUUGAGAAAUAUUUUAUAAAGAGUUAUUACAAAGCGUAAUAAUAUACGCUAUUGUUUAUUUUAUUGCACUGAUUUUGUCAUCGUUUCGAUUGCGCAGUCCGCUCGAAUAUGUCGCAGGAUUUCUUAGUUUUAGGUUAUUUGAGGUAGUUAGUGUAAAAUUGGUUUCACUCUAAAUUUUUUUAUGGUCUAGCAGACUUAGGCCAUAAUUGCAUUAUGGCCAGUUUAAAAAUGGAAAAAACUUUUAAUCCGUGCAUAAUGCCAACAUGGCAAAAGCCAGUCAGAUCAUGACAAUAAUUUACAAGUUAGAUUAUAAAACAUAAAAAUGUGAGUUAGACCGCUUUUGCCCUAACACCUUAUUUAACUGUAAUAAAUUUAAUAUUUUUGCUGUUUCACAAUACUCUUUAUUUUGUAACAAGAAGAACGCAGCUGCAUAUUUUAAGGUAAAAAUAAGGCUUCAAAUUACUGUAUGAUUGUACAUUUAAAGGUAAAUAAAUGCGAUUAAAUGACCAUCUAAGUAAUAAAUACCGAAUCCUUAAACCACGUCGACUGUUCCCUGAGUCACAUAUUCAAUUUAUUAUGUAUACACAGGACUGAAAUUUCGGACUAAUCAUCUAAGAUUACAGUUAGGGAAUAUCAAAGCAUGCGUGUACGCACCAUUAUGUUUGUUUUUUUACACAUAUUGGAGUACUACAGGGCCUCCUUCGAUAUGAUGGUAUAGGGCAGGUUUUAUGUCAUUCGCGGCCUGACCUUGGGAGAUUAAUAAAUUGAAUUUAUAAUUAGUUGUACAGGUGUUAGGUAAAAUGGGAGUUAUCAACAGAUCGAUUCUGAAAAAAUGCUAAAUAAGUAAUAUGAUGGUUGCGAUAACAUUUUAGGGGCCAUCCAUGAAUUACGUCACACUAAUUCCAUGAGUUGAAGCCCCACUAAACCAUUGUCGCGGGCGGGCAUUUUUAAUUAACUCAAACCGUCCCCACUGAUGUGAUGUCAUAUAUUUUGCAGUUAGCCAAAUCUCAGUUCAGUUACUAAUCUCAGUUAGCCAGCUAGUCGUCGAGUUCUAAUACUUUAUAUAUAUUUGACUUUAUGAGACUUACUAAUUUCAGUUAUCUAGCUAGUCAUCCUUUGAUACUGCAACAAGACACACUGGGGCCAUUUCGUAUAUGCCGUUAACUAGUUCGUCUUCCAAGACUUCAAUAAAAGACCCCGAAGCCGUCUCGUAUAUGCAGAGAAAGGCCACCGCGGGCUUGGUACGCCGGUGUAGUGUAUAGGGACUAGGGACUGUUCAAUGCUCGCUUGGAUGAUGCUAUACUAUGAGUUUCGACAUUGGUCCGUAAGACUGGUGAAAGCAACAUGCCUAUGCUAUACACCCUCCCCAAGUAGUGGUAACUAUAACGCGUUUGACCCGCGAGAAAAAGUCCAUUGAUACACGAGCCACGCGUAAUUUGUGGUUGGCCCCUUAUACACAUAGGCCCAUUUCUGCCACUGAUCUACAGAUAAAAAUCAAGACCGUCUAUUAGUUUUGGCACCUAUACAUUUGAAAACAAUAAUUCUCGAUUAUAAUGAAACUUGACAUUUCAUAGGAAAAUAUAUCAGACCGAGUAUUAUGCUUGUAAUAAUUGGGUAAUGAAAAAUUACGUGAUAAUUGUUUAGCAAAAUUAUAUUGUAAAAUGCUUUCCUGUUUAACGUUACAUUAAAUUGUAAGUGAAUAACAUGUUUAAAUAAACUCAAAACUGCACCUGUACCGUUAUUUUAGACUCCUUUUUGUUGGUAUUAAAUUUUUUGGAAUAGGUUUUUUUAUUGUAAUGGAAAUUGUACUCUCAUUAACGAAAUGUUCUGAGUCAAAUCGCUGGGUUCGAAACCUUUUCGAAUAGUAUAAAUCGAUGUAUAUUAAAUUCAUUCCAAUCGGUUUAUACGUAGUAUUUAUAAUCUGAAAUUGUUUAAAUGAUCAAGUGCAGGCGAACUUUUAUUACCAUGAUUUUAUAGUAGUUUUGGGACCAAAACGUUGUUACUUAGAACAAUUUGUAGGAAUAUUUUUCACUCGUUCGAGUUUGAUAAUGAUAGUAACGUCGCGACAAUUCAUUCAUAGUUAUUAAUGGCACCAAUCGUAGUAGUUCGUGAGAUUUAGUUGCAUUACCACGAGUUCUCAUUUAUUAUUCGUAAACAUAAAUUUUAAUGUCUAAAAAAAUAAAAUAUUACAUGGUAUUUUUUUAGACUCUAUGAUUGAUACAGAAUUUAAUAUUUUUUGUUCCAAAACGACUAUAGAAUGACGGUGUAUAUGAAAACAAAACGUGCAUGGAAGGUACCACACAGGGACGGGGCGUCUUCCUUUCUUGCGACUUUUUUAUAUUUGGUUAUAACCUAUAUUUUUCAUGUUGUUAAGGUUUGAUUUUUCAAUCAUCAGAUAACAAUUAUUUGUAGUUUAAUUACAAAAAUAAAAAAAAUACAGUUUAAUACAGGCACAUUUUGAUGUAGCGUUAAAAAAAAGAACCACAUAAUCGUGUUUACCUCUGCUAACAUUGUAGUGAUAUGAACUGAAAUAAUUUAUUUAAUCCCAUAAAGUGUUUAACAAUAUUUGGAAUCCGUUAAUUUUUACUUUGCCACCAGAUUAGAAGCAGUUUCCACCAGAGAAUAACAGGCAAGAUAUUCUAAUGUUUCUCUUUUUAAAAUCAGUUCAAAGGUAUAAAGUAUAGUGCAUAAUACAAAAAAAAAAUAUGUGUCAUAGUAUUUCUUGAGCAGUUAGUUUAUAUACUUGUGAUAUACUACAUUUUUAAUUUUCCAUACGUGUGCUGUGCCGGUCAGAUUUAAUAAUUUGAUUACCUUAAAUUUUACCCAUAUAAUAUUAGAUAUUAUAGUUAUAGAGCUACACAUACACAUACAGCUCGAUUUUCAACAAAGGAUUCGGUAUUUUUCAUUAAUUAAAAUAGUAAAAUUGUCAAUUCAAGUCAAGUCAAUAGUAAAUUGCAGUUAAAUGGUCUGUCAGUUGAAUAGGACAGCUUUUUUUUUACUACCAAAAAUUGUAUUCUACCAUCGUACCACGUACCAGUCGACAUAAUUUCCUAAAAGAAUAAUUAUAACACGAUUAUUUAUCAUUUAGGAACACCAGGAUGCCUUAAAAACAAAUAUUUUACACAUUUUUUUUUGUCAACUGUAAAUAGUCACGCACGCCGAUACCACACAGAACGACUAGCAUCUCUGUCUAACUUAUGUGUAGUAUAAUCUUAUGUUUCAUUUUUCAAAUCUUUGACUCUUUGUUGGAUGAUUUUGUAGAAAUCUGUGAGUGUCGAGCUGUAGCAUGCCUAAAGGCUAAUUUAUACGUAACAAUUAUUGCUAGAAAUAAUAGUUUUUUUUAUCUGUUGAAGAAUGGUAUACGUCACUACAGGCGAAAAUAACCUCGCCAUUGCCUAUGUUCAGACGGGGUAUCUUUUUUAGGCAAUAACUGAUUAUUGCCAACAAUAAUUAGUACGUUUAUGUAAGGCUUAAUUUUACAACUGCCAUUUUAAAAUUACCGUAAAUUGGGGUGGAUUGGCACAGCAAUAGUUAUAACAUGUUGAAUUACAAAGAUAAGUCAAUUAUAUCUGAUUUAUUUAUGUUAGUAAUAAUAAAGUUUAUAGAAAUCGAUUUGUAUAUUUCAUGAUUAUUAUCCGACAAGUUUUGUUGCUAUUGACUGCCUCGGUGGCGUAGUUGUAUUGCACGUUCGGUACAAUAGCACUCUGAGGUCCUGAGUUCGAAUCCCGGGUCGGGCAAAGUGAUAUUUGGGUUUUUCUGCUCAGUAUCAGCCCGGAGUCUGGAAUUUGUGCCCGAUAUGGCGAUAGGCUCGCCCCCUAUCACAUCAUGGGACGGAACAUACUUGGCGAAAAGUGGGUGCCCUAGAUGCGCCUCUGCAUACCCCUUCGGGGAUAAAAUGCGUAAUGUUAUGUUAUGUUAUGUAUGACCCCAUUUUACUGUACAUUGUCGGGUAUCUCUUUUUAGGACUCCCCAUGUGGACCCCACUCCGCUUAACCUUAGGUACAGUGGGGUCGCUUUGCCAUGCUGUGCAAAGUAUGGCGUGUUAAUUCGUGAUUUUUUUAUUAGUUUCACAAAAUGUGGACGUCAAAAACAAUGUCUUAUAACGACUCGAUAAGACCUGUUGUCCUUUGUAUUUUGCAGUUUUUAAGUUCUAGAAGUAAGACUUUUGUGUAAAUAUUGCUCAUAUGUGUAACAUAUAGUUAAAUAAUAGAUUACUAGUCUCGAUGUUUUAUGUAAAGAACUUGACUGUUUUAUAUUUCUUUUAAAUACAUCAUUACCUAUGUUUAGUAUUAGUGUAAUUUUGUGCAAUUUUAGAAGAUGGGUUUCUUAAGAUUUAUAAAUUAAACGUGUCUUCCUAAACUUGUAAAUUUGCUUUAUUUUCUUUGGAUACACACCGUAAUAUAGAUAAGCAAUGACUGCUUGCAUCUUAAUGUAUUGAAGUCUGAACGUCUGUUUGUAAGGCAAAGAGACCUUGAAUUCGAUUCUUACAUACAUUGACCGAGUUUAUAUAGCAGGAAUUAUGAGAACCGGGCGAUUCAUCGAUUCGUCAGAUCCGAGGGACAUAGACUAGGGGUAGUCUUAGCGCGCGUCUGAACUUCUAGCUAGAACAUCAUUGAUAUCAUGCUUUAGCCUUGAAAUAUACAUUUGGAGAUCUAAAAUAUAUAGUCAGAAAAAGGGCCCCCGAGUAGCUAAGACCCUUUUAUAUAUCACACGUUAUACGAAAAUGCAUAGAUUCUGCCAAAAUUAUUUAUUUUUCUCUUAAUUUAAUUUUAGGGAAAUAGGGAAAAAUAUAUGAAAGAAAAUAUUGUAUUAUGUAGAUGUAAAUUUUUCACCACUAUGGCCUUACAUAAAUUGAUUCUGGGUGCAGAGAUAACUUUAAAUUUAGGAGAGAUGAGAAUAAAAAACAAGGUGAAUCUGGAUACGACACAGAACAUAAUGCGUUAAAAAUGAACUUAUUAUUUCGCCAUCUCAGCGUUGCAUUAUGUUUUAAUUAAUAAAUAAACCAACUACAUAAAAAGAUAGUUAAGAUAAUCUUAAAAAUUAGCUUUUAUUCCGAAAUUUUCCAUAAGUAUACAAAUAUUCGAAUUAGUUCGAGUGAAAUAUCAUUAUUGUACAUAGGAAGUAUUGGUUUGCUUAUAACAUUGUAAGAAUUUAUUCCAGUCCAUAAUAAUAGCCGAAAUAUUUAAUAAAGUAUUUUUUCAAAUAUUUUUGGAUAGGCAUAAAAUGUCAAGGAAACAGGAGCAAAUAUGUGUUUCUUUGGAAAACAAUAAUUAAUUCGUAUUAUAUUGAUAUCCAGUACAAUAUUUCCUUAUAUUCAUAUAUUUAUUCUCUGAUACUGCUUUUUUUAUUAUUUUGUCACAUUGCCCCUGUUUCCUCAUAAUAGAAGAUAAAACAGUCAAGUGAUGUGUAUAAAAUAGAAAACCGCUUUGUUUCAUAAGAAAUUGGUUGACAGUAAUAUAAAAAUCACUGCUUCAUUUGCUUAAUAAUAAAUAAUAAUAGUA